AUGAUCGCCUUCGCUUCUGUUCACGGGCAUGGUGUAUACGGAGGCAAUCCCAAAAGUUCACCUUCACUCUCAUAUUCUCGUUUACCGUUUAUACUGUUUUCUGUUUCGAUUCGUUUGCUCGGGGGUCGAUACAGGAUACGUGAAGCCCACGUUUCAGGAACCACCUUAUCACUCGGUCUCAGUGGCCUGUAUCAGGGCCUCCAGCACCCCCCCACCUGGCAUAUCAAGGAUGGAGGCUGUCACGAAACUACAUUCCUUGCCAUGUAUCUGGCGCCUGCUCUAGGGUCUGCGAAGGAAGGUUAA